UUGACCACAGCCUUGCUCGUAACCAGGCUGGUUUGCAAGAACCUUCUCAUGAUCUUCUCACUUGUCUGAUUGAUACCGCUAUUGUCAAUGUCUCUUGCCAAAUACGCUUUCGAUUUCGGUGCGCGUGAGAGUUGUGCAUUGUUCCUUGUUGCCUCUGACAUCGUACUCAAUGAAAAAUGUCAGCUUGAAAGUGGUCACAGUCGUCAUGGAAUGGUCUGUGCCACUUCAGCGACCGUAAUGAAGACCACGAAGGAACUCAGCUCCACUGUUCUUCAGGCGGUUUCGUCUGAUUUCGGUUACAUUGACAACCGUUGCUUCAACGCAGCCUCAGGCUUGACACACUUCGAUCCCAUGUUGUCAAGGCUGACAGAUUGGAUGUGGUAUAAUUGUAUUCUUUUGAUGUUGCCUCCGUUCUUUAUUCUUCUGAAGAACAAGGCCCCAACUGUAGUUACUUCACGUACGCCACACCAAAUGCGUUCCUCCUUCCUGACCUCCCUUCGGUACACACGCGCCGCCAUCGUCCUACGAACAAUUGGCCGUUCGUUCCGUCGCAAACGUCCAUUGUCUGCGGCCAGCCGCCUACCACAGGAGAUCGUAGGACUUAUAUUCGAGUAUUAUCUGCCUUCUGUCACAGUAUUGCCGAUGGCUUCCCCAUUUGACUACUCGGGGCCACUGUGUUGGACGGCCUCUGAAGGCGAAGAUUUUAUCUCCCUUGACGUGCAGCGUUCUUAUGAGCAGCUCGUACGUUAUAAGGAUGCGGUCAGGGAGGCGUUGUCUUCUCUACAUAGCGCAACAUCAGUCUGUCGUUCGUGGUAUCUGGCAGGAACAGAAUACCUCUACAGACACCCUAUCCUCAUGUCCUAUCGGCAGACCCGCGCGCUGGACCGCGUCCUGACGAAACAUCCCAAUGCUCAGUUAGCCCGAGACCUCAUUGUGUUCCUUCAAGAGGACCACUAUUACAAAUCUGAACGCCUUCUAUCCAUUCUCAACAACUCAGACUCCCUUGACACACUCGUCGUUAUUCACGAUAUCAAUGAAUUCACAUUAUCCACAUUUGACUAUCGUUUUGAUACAAAACACAGCUUUUCAUCACGUCUUCGCAAACUUACCAUCCAUGGAGGCUCGUGGGCUUGCGAGAUGAAGCUGCCACUCCCUGCUCUUGAGCACCUCUGCUUACAAAAUACGUGGUUAUCACUUCUCGGCGAAGAAAUUUUUGAGGGAGAUUUGCCGCGAUUACACACUUUGCAACUGGUCGACGUUUACUUCGGUUGUGCAAAAGUUCUUCUCACGAGCCUCAGUAAGCUACGGAGCUUACGGGUCCUAGAGCUUUUUCUGGUCAAGCCGAAGACACUCCAGGAUUUCUUUAUGGUCAACGACAUCUCGUUACCUCAGCUGCAGCACUUGACGGUUGGAAUACUAGAUUCCUCAAUCGCACCGCUGGGGUCCUGGAGAUUCCCACCGAAUUUGAUCACGAUGACUCUACUCGUCAACGUGCUGCCGAGACGGGAAACUGGGGAAGUUAUCUGCGACGGCCCAAUGGGAGCCAUAAAUAACUUCAUUCUCUUCAACACCGAUCAAAUGGUCCCAGGAAAAUCUUUCAAAAAACUGCUUCUUGUUAAUCAGCUGGACUUCAACAAUACUGCGAAUGACCCGGUGUCUGAGGCAGUCGCGGAUCACAAGAAAUUUCUGAAAGGGGAGGAGGAACAGUUCAAAAAGGCACGGAACCAAUAUUUCCAACUGUUACGCGUCACACAUUCGUGUCGAAUCCCGCUAGUGCCGAUCUGGUGCGAUCUUGCGGCUUUUGUCAACGACAAGCUCGCGCACCCAUUCCGACGGCAAGGGGAGGACAGAAAAGGCAAACUCAUAAGUAGCUGGCGGAAGACCGAGUCUGAUGACACACAGGUUAUAGCAAGAAUCUGGACUACUCUCUUUCCGUCUCUACCGCCACAUCACACAUCAAUGGCUGUAAAAUCGAGAGGAACGAACCAAAUCUCGACAUAGUCACACAAUCGCGCUUGUAUUAAAUAGUCUUGAUAUACUAUUAUUGCAUUAUUAUGACAAUGCUAUUAAUC